AUGAACAACGGUGAGUUCUUGCAACAUACGUCACCCAAGGAAUAUGGAGCUUCAUCCCAACAGCAAAGAUUGCAUGCACCUCUCUCCAUAAGUGUUCCAACCACGUAUCUCAAGCCCACCUCAAGCCGGGUAAGCACAUCAUAUGGAGAUGAAAAGAAGCAGUUUAUCGACGAAAGAUUUGCUGGAAUUUCUCACUCACUCACUCACUCACUCACUCACUCACUCACUCUCACUCACUCACUCACUCACACACAUUCACUCUCGUUCUCUCGGAAUGUCUUUCAUUCUCUCUUAAUCUCCUUUUCUCUAAUUCUCUUUUUUCUUCUUUCUCUUUCGCCCCACUAUUUCAGUAUCUUCCUUUCUGUCUUUACCUUCUCUUUUUCUCGCCUCUUUCACCAUCAUUUUCUUUCUUUCUUUCUUUCUUUCUUUCUUUCUUUCUUUCUUUCUUUCUCCUUCUCCCUUUCUUACAUUUUCUCUAUUCCGUCCCCUCUCUUUCUCUCUCCUGCGCUUUCUCCUCUUCCAUAUCCUUUUCUGUCAUUAGAUUUUUUCUUUCUAUUUCUUUAUCCUUCUCUCUCUCUCUCUCUUUCUCUCUCUCUCGUUGCUACUCUCUUUAUUGCUAUAUUUACUGUUUUGUUUUUUUUUCUUCUUGCUAUCUCUUUCUCAUCCUCUUUUUCCCUCUCUCCUUCUCUCUUGUAUUCUCUUUCCCUCUAUCUCCCUCUCUUUCUUAAUCUCCUACCCUCAUUUUCUAUCUUACUUUCUUUUUCCUCUCUUUCUGCUUCCGUUUCUCUCUCCCUAUUUCGUUUUUUUUCUUCAUAUAUAUCUACGUUUGUGCAUAUUUCCUUGAUUUAA